AGACUGCAGCCCGCGGAGUCUCCUCCUGUCGCUCUGACGUCAUACAGAGUUUAUGAGUGGCUCGCGGGGCUCUGCGCCCACCGUCUGUCAGCAUGAAGGGCGCGCGCACGCUGCAGCAGCUCGCGCUUACAGUGAAGCGGAGACUUCAUCAUCCUCAUCCUCUGCAGCGCUCCGCGGGAAUUAUCGGAGCGCCUUUUUCCAAGGGACAGUCCAGGGGUGGCGUGGAGUGUGGACCGGACCGGAUCCGAGCAGCGGGACUGCUGGACCGGCUGCAGCAACUGGGCUGUGCAGUGAAGGAUUAUGGGAACCUGACGUUUGAGGACAUCGCGGUAGAUGAGCCGGUCAGAGGGUCAAAAAGUGUCCGGGCGGUGGGCAGUGCCAACCAGAGGCUGUCUGAGGCAGUGCAGGCAGUGAAGAAGGACGGACAUACGGCCGUGAUGCUUGGAGGAGACCACAGUCUCGCCAUUGGCUCCAUCCACGGUCACACAGCAGCCGUCGGCCCACUAAGUGUUGUUUGGGUGGACGCCCAUGCUGAUGUCAACACGCCACUGACCUCAUACACAGGAAACCUCCAUGGGCAGCCUAUGUCGUACCUCCUGUACGAGCUGCAGUCGAAGGUCCCUGUGUUACCAAACUUCUCCUGGAUGAAGCCCUGCUUGUCAUCCCAGGACCUUGUUUACAUCGGCCUGAGAGACGUUGAUCCGGCAGAGCACUACAUCCUGAAGCUGCUGGGGGUGAAGGUGUUCUGCAUGUCACAGGUAGAUCAGCUGGGUGUGGCCAGAGUUAUGGAAGAGACAUGUGACUACCUGUGGAACAGAGCGAAGAAACCGAUCCACCUGAGCUACGACAUCGACGCCAUCGACCCUUUCAUUACCCCAGCUACAGGAACACCUGUAGUUGGAGGACUCACCUACAGAGAGGGCCUUUACAUCACAGAGCACCUUUGUCAAACAGGUCUGCUCUCUGCUGUGGACUUGGUGGAGGUGAACCCUCUGCGGGGUCGAACGGAGGACCAUGUCCACUCAACAGUCAGCACGGCGGUCGACCUGCUGCUCGGAUGUUUUGGACGUCUGCGGAAAGGAAACCACUUGCCGAAUUAUUCUCUGCCAGAACCGUAACAAAGACGACUCUUGUCUGACUGAUGAAUUUAACUGCACGGCUGCUGUGAAGCUUUAAAGUGGUUUUCAGACCUAAAUCAGCUAACUGAACUUCAAUCGCAUACAUUCACUGCGCAGGUAUAAACAGAACUGUUAAUUAUCUGAUGAGUGUUUUAUCUAUAAAAUAUUGGAGAAACAAAA